UUGGGGGGAAAAAAAUAAGACAGCUAUCUGUGAUCAGAGAUGGCGGGCGCCUCCGACCCCCUGGAAGAUAUGCUCUUUUCAGAGGUGGAUGAAAAGGCUGUGAGUGACCUGGUGGGCUCGUUGGAGUCACAGCUUGCUGGCCAAAGCAACCCAGCAGGUAAAACUGACGAAAACGGAGGCGCUGGCUCAGUGGCCCCCGCUAACCAUCACUUAGGAAAAACGCUACCAGCUCCUGUGGGCACCACAACAGUAGAACAACAACAAGGACGGCGUAAUAAACCCGAGAUCCGCCAGGAGCUCAACUGUAAUGACGCUAGCCCGGACAAAGCUGUCACAUCUCUCGCGGUGGGUGGUACUCCUUCUGUCGGCGACCCUUCCACCACUUCGGCUGCCUGUGCGAAUGCCACCAGCGGCGCCUCGCAAUCACAUGGAGCAUCCAUCACAACACCGACUGCAUCUGGUGUGUCAACUUUGGCGUCUCCGUCAGCCAGCAUCAGCACCGCAUCCAGCCGGGUCUCCAAGGUUACACCCGGCGUAGGCGAGACGUCGACGGAAGCCAGGAAACGCACAACCACACCGCGGAGGAGCGCCUCGGCUCGGAUCAAGAGUUUAAACGGCGCCGCCGUCACUACGAGGAGGAACAGCAACACAGCUGUGGUGGAAAACGCCAGCUCCGUGGAUGCCGGUGCAACUAGCGCAAACUCUACCGGAGCGCCGACAGCCCCUAUUAACACCUCCACCUUCACCCUGUCUAACGCUAACCUGCCCGUCGGUCAGUCGGCUAUUGCUCUUGACCGGGGCACCCCCACCAUCGCUCUGCAUAGACUCCCCAGUCACAUUGUAGCCAGCAUAGCCCAGAACGGCAACGGGACCAGCGUGUCGGCCUUGGUCCAACAGGGCGCUCGCAUUGGACCCGUCCCCUCCACAGCUGCACAGGAGAACCACAGCACAACCGUCACAGACACGGGGGCUUCCAAAUUAGACGACUGUCAGUCCAACAUUGUAAUGUCGAGUCCGGCCGGCAGUGUCAACUCUGCACUAAACACUGUUUCCUCUGCGUCUCCUGUUGUCACACCUACAACUACUACAGCAGCAGCAGCUACGACAACAACAACAGUAACGCAGCCAACGGGCUCUGUCCCAGCUGCUGCUUGUGUGACAGGGGUGGCAGCCAGUUCUGCGUGUGGAGCCGCUCAGACCACAUCAGUCACUACCACUAUUAGCAUGGUCAGACCCCCGCUCCCCACUCCAGCAACCGCUGUGGCCACUGCUGCACAGUGUCAACCCCGUCCUGGACUUGCAGCACCUCAGAGGAUUGUAGCCCCCCAGCUGAUUGUCAGACCGCCGCAACAGCAGACGACCAUACAGCUGCCCCCUGGGUUUACCAUCCCACCGGGUAUGGUGCUGGUGCGCACAGAGCUGGGCCAGCUGGUGAUGGUACCUCAGCAAGCGUUGGCGCAAGCCCAGGCCCAAGCUCAGGCCCAGGCCCAGGCCCAGAACAACAUCUCCCCACGACCUGCCACACCCACCACAGGAGCCUCUUUCAGAGUAACAACCCCACAGUCUCCUGUGACCUCUCAGACUCCCAGGCAGUGUCCUUUGACCCCAGCCAAGUUGGUACCAUCUCCCUCUCCCACUCCUUCCAGCCCUGCCCUCCAGACCUCCUCCUCUUCUUCUUCUUCUUCCUGUCCUGCACUCCGCCCCAAGGGCCCCGUGGCCAUGGCUGUGACGGCUCCGCAGCCGACCCCCGUGGUUAUGACCCCCCAGGCACCGGCCCAGGCUGCCUCCCAGCCAGUGCAGCCUGUGCAGACGGGCAUCGCCGCGACCCCCGGAGCUCCUGUCGUGUCCCAGGAAAUGCAAGAGAAUGUGAAGAAAUGUAAGAAUUUUCUUGCCACACUCAUCAAGCUGGCGUCACACAAUUCUCCGUCCCCUGAGACUUCUAAGAACGUCAAGGCUCUGGUUCAGGACCUGCUGGAUGCCAAGAUUGAACCGGAAGAGUUCACCAGUCGGCUGCAGACUGAACUCAAAUCGUCGCCACAGCCUUACCUGGUGCCCUUUCUCAAGAAGAGCCUCCCGGCCCUGAGGCUGUCUUUGCUGAAUAGUCAGCAGUCCCUGACCCAGCCCCCACAGCAGGGAGUCAAACCCGUACCCGGCGGCACCCCUCCUGCCAUCGUGGCUGGGCCAGCUGUUUGCAUACGCCACCCUAACAGUGUCAGCACUAGUACGGGUGCCAGCGCGCUGCCCGCUGGGACACUCGGACAUGCAGCUGCCAUGGGCAUCAAGACACCAGGUGCUGUUGGUGGUCAGGUCCGAAUGCCCGUGGUGAUCACGCAGUCUGUCAGAGCACAAGGAACAAUGGGGAAGGGUGCCAUCAUCCAAACAGGCAAAAGUCCCAUGGGCCUGGCUGUUCAGAUCUCUGGGAAUCAGAAAAACAAGCUCAACGACCCUGGAGGAGGUUCUUUCAGGGACGAUGAUGACAUCAACGAUGUGGCCUCCAUGGCCGGGGUGAACCUGAAUGAGGAAAGCGCAAGAAUACUCGCUACGAACUCAGAGCUGGUGGGGACGCAGAUCCGCUCGUGCAAAGAUGAGGCCUUUCUCCACCCGGGACUGCUCCACCGACGGAUUCUGGAAACAGCAAAAAGGUUUGGGGUCACAGAGGUCACCACGGAGGCGGUAACGUUCAUCUCGCAUGCCACACAGUCACGACUUCGCUCCGUGGUAGAAAAAGUCUCUGCCAUCGCACAGCAGCGGCUGGACUCCUGCAAGGAUGACGAGUGCUACGAGCAGUCGGCGGACGUUCGCUCGCAGCUUCGCUUCUUCGAGCAGCUGGAGAGAAUCGAGAAGCAGAGGAAGGAUGAGCAGGAGAGAGAGAUCCUGUUGAAAGCCGCUAAAAGUCGCUCCAGGCAAGAGGACCCAGAGCAAGCUCGACUGAAACAGAAAGCUAAGGAGCGAUACAUUGUGGCUCAGUAAAAGUGUUUGACGACCGAGGCUUCCAAAUGCACCGCUUCAUGUUCUACAUUAACUUUUACUACAGAGAGCGAGAAGAGUUAUUUCCGUUUUUAAAGUAAUAAGCCAAAGCACAACACAUAGAGAGGCAAAGCGGAAGGUGUUUCAUCUGAUGUAGCGCACUUCUUUUAUUAUUACAGUCGUAUAUCUUCCUUAUUUCAAGUGCAGGACUUGCACAUAAUAAAAUUCCCAGUGGAACCCAGAAAGUAGACCACUCUUCUUUCAGAGGUUGCUUAUUGUUGUUUACGUAAACAAAAUUGUUCUGUCACAGCAGAAGUUUGCUUUUCAUUUUCUUCAUGCGUUGUUUACUCCCGUCUAACUUCACUGGGUGCUUUCAGUCCUUGGCUCGCUAACAAGGAUCAAGAGGAUUGUGAGGAGCCUCCACAGUGUAGUCAGAGUAGGCGGGAUGAUAAAACAAGCGCAAUUCACCUGUUGUUGUUGUUGAUGUCGAACUUAAAGAGCGGAUGUGGUUUCUUCUGUGUUGCCUGUUCUUCUUUUUAAAAAAGCCUUUUAUUUAUCCAGGUAAAGUUUACUGAGCUCCAAAGUUUCCGUCUGACAGCUUCCAAACGCUAACGUUGACCACUCAGCUAUUUAUUAGGGAUGCAAUAUACAUAGUUCACUGAAGGGCACUCCUGCAUUGUUAUUGGGACAAAUUAUUAAAGUUUCAGAUUUUCCGUAACAGUGUGGGGCCGAACCUGUGACCUUCCAGUGACAUGUCCGCUUGUCGCACCUCUGGCUACUGGCAGCGCUCUGUCUCUGCUCUGCGUCUCUCCCGGACAUUACUUUCUAGCAACAUUGAGCCCCGCUGCAGUUUAGCAUAUUCACACUGGAUCUCAGCCUACCCAUAAGCCCCACAUAUGCAAAUGAAGCAGCGUAAUAGGCGCUGCGAUAGGUUUUCCCCCCGGGGGCCAUGUGAUCAAAGUGGAUCUCCUCCCUGUUAAGUGGCAGUCCGCUCGUCAUCUGGAUACGGCCAGAUUAGCGGCGCCGCGCGCCGAGACGCUCCGUGCGCGUAUGCGCAUUUUCAUCUAGAAUUUUAAAGAGGUGGUUUGGAAAUUGUUACUUUAUGUAAUGCUUUCUCCCCGAGAAAGACUCCCAACCGCCCCAGAUGCUCCCCACCUAUCCACGCAUACACCCACCGCAACACCCUCCCUCACCUCUUUCUUUUUUGCUUAAUAGCCAUCGUUUCUCAGCCCCUGUGCCUCUCCAGUUUUCAUCACCUGACUGGCUCAAGGGGACAGAGCUGGCUGUUUGUGUCACUGCAGAGUCUGUCGGCAGCUCACACAUCUGCGCAAAUUUCAUCAGGAUAAUGAGCCCGAGUUACUCUUCCAGGCGACGGGCAGAGGAGCCAGGCUCGCUUUAAGCCCCCUCUCCUGAGAACGCACGCGCGCACACGCACGCACACACACAGGGACGCACGCACGCACGCACACACACAGACGCACACACACACAGACACACGCACGCACACACACACACACACACACACACACACACACACACACACACACACACACACACACACACACACACACACACACAGCCGCCCACAUAAAAAUCAUCACUUUGGCGACGCUGAAUUACAGUUAGUUAUAUACUUGAACUUGAAGUGUUGGCGUGUAAAUUGGGCUGGUGCAUGAUUUGUUUUUAAAACGGCAGGUGCACUGUGGGGAACGCCUGCUCUACUGUGUUAACCCGUGACCAGCAAAUGAAUAGUCUGAGUCAUCAGGCUCAGGUCACAUUUCGAGUGAAGUCGAUUUCAUUUACAAAGCCAAAAAGCCCAGAUUUCCCUCAAAGGGUUUUAUACUGUUCAACCCUGAGCACCUUCAUCUGUCUACCCCCAAUAUAGGAGAGGAAAAACCUCCGCUAAAGGGACAAGAAGCCUCAGAAGGGCCCACAGAAAGCGCUUUCUUUCCACAGUGUGUGCACUUUUUGCAUCACAUUCAGGUUUUAACAGAUUUGAGGAAGUCAUCAUGUCAUGUAUGCUGUAUGCGAUACAGUCACGUGGCUCCAAACUUAAAGCUCUCUCUCUUCAGGAAGUGCUGCGGGCCCCUUUUGCUCUAAUGCCUCCAUCGGUCCAUAACCUUCAGAUGUACAGAGGAGAUAUCAGAAUCCUAUUGCCAUGACAUCUGUUGAGCACAUUAAUUCUCUUUAGCGGAUGAAAACUUUCCAUCUUUCAUUUUUUCCGAGAACUUCCUAGUCGUUUUAUCGAUCUGCGCCUCUAAUUGUGUAUUUUUAUUUGAACAAUCAAGCAAACCGGCAGCCUUGUCACCGGCAGUGGCGACUGCUCAGAUAGCUCCUGCCAGAGGUUUUGUGUGAGAGAGAGGCAGAGCAGUCUAGCGCCUCCGUUUCCUCCAUUCACUACCAUUUGGCCGAAAGGUCAGAUGGGCUAUUUCAAAAAUGCCCCCAGUAAAAAUCAAUGGGCAAAUUGUGGAGCUCAGUUCCUGUUUGUUGUUGUUGUUGUUGGUGGUGGUGGUGGGUCUGUAUGUUCUGUCUAUUCCAUCACUGAGGCAGGAGGCCAGGCUAUGGCUAAUCAUCGCGAGCGAGAGAAUGAGCGAGGGAGAGAGAGACGAAAGGAGACACAGAGACAGAGACAAAGAGACAGGGAGGAGAGAAGACGCGGGGGACGGGGGGGGAGAUCGAGAGGGAGUUAAGGCCAGCAGAGAUACAUCACGAUGUCAGACACACAGACACACUGCAGCCACAGAUUCAUCAUCACAACUGCGUCUGCAGGCGCAACUGGACACAGGAAACGAGCGAGCUGGGGGAGAGGAGCGCGGGGAAGACGGGGAAGAGGGACGAGGGCGAAGACGAAUGGGCCGCUACAGCUGGUCCGAGUCCGGCUGGGCGCUCCUGGUCCGGUCCGUCCCCGCAGUAUUAGGACCGAUUGAGCACCAUCCUUUUGCGGCGCUGAGCUCGCUGGGUGUCACAAUGCUGCGCAGAUACGGGUGAUCUCAACAAGAACGCGCUUUUAUCACACAGCUGGAACAAGUGGAACAACAGGAAAUGAAUGUAGCAUGAGUUAAGGAACAACGUGCACCAAAGCAGCACCGGGCGCCUCAUAACUAGGUUGAUCCCACAAAGGGUUCUUUUCCCUCAUAACAAUCUUAUUAUAUGCUGUCGAGAUCUCAGCAAAAAAUAGACUAUAACAUAAUUAUAACUAUAUAAUUAAAAUAACAUUGAAUAAUAUUGGAAUAUUGUUGUAGCUGUGAGUAAAUAAACCAGCAGCGCUAAAGCGUCUCAGUCUCAUUGUGUUUUCCCGUUUCACCAGCAGACGUCUGUGGUGUGAGCGGGUGCAACAGGGUGUUGCUGGAAAGCAGCGUGCGCCGUCGUCUAGCGCCCCCUGAUAAAUAAAGGUUAAGAAAUGCUUAACACAGUCUGUCUCCCACUGAUCGCCCAAUCACUGCCAGACCUUUAGAUCAUGUGGGAGGAAUGCUCCUCACUUCUCCUGUUUUCCUCUCCUCUCCUUCCUUUUUUCCCACUCUUCCACAUCACCGUGCCCUCGCAGCCACACUCGGCUCCUUGCUUAGAGUGAUUUCCAGAAGAUUUUGUGUGAAACCGAGAGCUGUCCAAUGGGAUUCUCCGGGUUUUUGUUAGAAUAAUUUUCCUCAAAUAUUUUUUUUCUCCGGGCAUUGAGAGCUUCUUUUGCCCAUUCUGACGCAGCGGCAUUGCUUGAAAUGUCUUGAACCGCCGCCGAAUUAAUUCAGCCCGAGCUCAACUUUGAACCUUUCAUAGCUCCAAUUAAAAGCCUGCAGUUACAUCGCCGUCCUUUACGUGCCAACGUAUAUGUACGAAUCCAUGAAUCAAAUUAGACGUAUACUCAUGUGACGUGCUCCGUGCACAGCCGCGGUUCAAUUUGCUUAUCAUUAGAUUCAUCCUCGUUGCUCACACACUACCCAUCACAUUACAAUGUGUGAUGUUGACGGCAGCACCCGUUGCUCAGCGUGCGCCGGAUGCACGCGUACGUGUUCGCAGCCGGCUUCGCAUCCUCCACAAGUGACCAGGUCACAGAUGCGCAGCGAUCCACCUACACUGUGAGCACCACCGGCCUCACACUCCUCCAAAGAGGGAGAGCCUCUCGAGUGUCGGAGGACAGCGUAGCAAACCCCCCAUCCCACCCCCCACCGCGUUUAUUAGGCCCGUUAUAUCUGCAGGUUCACAGGCUUCUGUCCUCUGGCCCUGUGCAAACGGCUCUGUUCAAAGAGGCGCUCUCACCCGUCAGGCACGCCCCGGGGCAAAAGCCUCCUACCCUCCUCCAUCUUUUCUCCCUUUCUGUGCUGACUUUCAAAGAGAAUUCCUGCUGUUUUGUAUCUCCCAAUUCAUAGUUGUUAUAUUUUUCUUUAUUCCCGUGCCUCACAAAUACACAAUACUGUACCCUAUGCGGAUGGAGCUCUAGUUCUGCUUUACGUGUGUUUUUGAUUCACGGUUAGGGUUAUUUGUGAGUUCAGCAGGUGUCCUUGUAUUUAAUGUACUUCCACACAGAUUUCACUGUUUUCAGGAGACCAUAUAAGGGGUUGAUGGUGAUAAUUUAAUUAUCACGUAAGAAGGGAAGGGUUUGUUUUGUAGCGCCUCGAGAUGUGCGGGAUACUGAGCAGUACAUUGUAACCCUAUUUUUAUUUGUUGCUUUGUUGGCAGUAGGCUCAGCCUAAGUUUUUUUUCUUCACCUCAAGACAUAUUACAAGAAAAAAAGGCGUUAAAAGUACCUUUGGUGUUCCUGUGUGUUUUCGAAUAUUACAAAGUGCUGUAAUGAGAAGGAAAACAACAAAAAAGGAGAUUUUUUUUUUGCCUAAGAGGGAGAUAGCGACUCGUCUCUUUGCUGUACAAGCCUGUAGGUUCACUUUUCUCUUUGUGUGCCGGAGCACUCCUUGGGACUCGAGCGACAGGGGAAUUGGGCUUGCUGAGGUAUGCUGGUGGCGAGGUGCCAGCCUUCUGUGCCUGGGAUAUAAGUGAGAGGGAGGCAGGAGGCAGGACACGUUUCAAUUAGGCAACAAACACACACACACACACACACACACAGAGAGGACAGGAGAGGAGACAAAAACAUCCACCCUCUCCAGCUAACUCCUUCCUUUUGACCUCUCCCCAAAACACACUUCCCUGGAACCGCUCCACUUCACCUUCCUUUUCUUUUUUUUUUUUUUU